AUGGGACGUCCCACCUUGAACCACUUGAGGGCGGUGACUUCCACCUACCACCUUCAGAUGAAAUUCCCCAUCGACUUGGGAGUGAGGGAGGUACGUGGUGAGCAGGUUCUAGCUCGGGAGUGCUACGCUCGAGAACUGAAGCAUGAAGUCAAGGUAGUCGCGACAGUUGAAAAAGUCAGAGAUGCACCCGGUCUGGCUUUGCCACCCGCCCUGGCCGAAUGGGAUGAAGAGAUCCGUGAUGAGCAAGCCUUUCAGCAAGCCGAACCCAACGAACCCUUGGAGCUAGUUUUAGUCGACCAACAGAGAUCGGAACUGACAAUACAGGUCGGGACCAAGCUAGACCUAGAGUUGAGGCAAGUCUUGGUGAAGAAGGGCAAUGGGAAGUGGCAGAUGUGCGUUGACUUCAUUGACUUGAACAAAGCUUACCCAAAGGACAACUUCCCAUUGUCACGUAUCAUCCUAAUUGUGGAUUCAACAGCAGGACAUCCUCUCCUCAAUUUCAGAGAUGCCUAUUCAGGGUACAACUAG